AAACUCCUUUUUUUCGGGGAACCAUCAGCUUCACCGUGCGUGAAGCUAGCUGAGUGUGUAAAGAAUCCGAGGAGAGCCGCCAACAAAUUUUCUUGUUCUAGAAUUUAGGAUGUAUUUACAGAGACUGAUAAGUGGGUCCACUGAUUAAAGGACCUAUAAGAGAAGCUUGCAGCCGCACCAUUCACUCACAUUCACCCUGCCCACCCCGAACAAUAAACAACAGCUUCACCCUCCUCCUCCAGUGCAGGCCGUCGGCGGCUGGCGGCGUCAUUUCUCCUCCUUCCUCUGGCCUGCCCUGCCCUGCCCUGCCCGCGCGAUAACCAUCUCUCGCAACUCCUCUUCGUACUCCUCGUCUCCAACGCCGGCAACAACUACAGAGCUUCAGCUUCCCAAGCGCGAGACAUGCGUGCGGAAACACAGACGGCGGAGUAGCGUAGCGCCACGAUGGGAUUGCCAAGCUGGUAGGUAGCCAAGAAGACAUGAGAUGGGGGCGUCCUUGGGCUCCGCCGCCAGCAAGGACCGGCAGCAGGAGCACGGCGGCGAGGCUCCGCGACCAGAUCCCUGCAAGAAGACGCGGCUCUCGUCCCCUCUCUGCACUAUCCACGGUAGCCACGGCCACCCGAGGCUGAUCCCAGGGCUCCCGGAUGAGGUCUCUCUGCAGAUCCUCGCGAGGAUGCCGCGGAUGGGGUACCUCAAGGCCAAGAUGGUCUCGCGGAGCUGGAAGGCGGCGGUGACCGGCGCGGAGCUGUACCGGCUGAGGAAGGAGCUCGGCGUGGCCGAAGAGUGGCUGUACAUACUGACGAAGGCGGCGGCAGGUGGGCAGAAGCUGGUCUGGCACGCUCUCGAUCCGGUUAGCAACCAAUGGCAGAGGCUGCCGCUCAUGCCUGGGAUCGAGUGCAGGAGUGGCGGCGUGUACGGGCUGGGCUUGCGGGACCUGGUGAGCGUCGGCGUAGGUAUCUUCGACGUCAUCAGAGGCUGGCUCGGGCAGAAGGAACUGUCAGGCGGCGUACCACCGUUCUGUGGCUGCGCCGUCGGCGCCGCUGGUGGCUGCCUCUAUGUCCUGGGCGGCUUCUCCGGAGCUUCCGCGUCGAAGCGCGUGUGGAGGUACGACCCCUCCGCCAACUCAUGGCGGGAGGUGAGCCCGAUGCGCGCCGGGCGCGCCUUCUGCAAGGCGAGCCUGCUGAACGACAAGCUGUACGUCGUGGGCGGCGUCAGCAAGGGCGAGAACGGGCUAAUAGCUCCGCUCCGGUCCGCCGAGGUGUUCGACCCGGCGACUGGGGCCUGGGCCGAGCUGCCGGACAUGCUGUUCUCCAAGUCGCAGGCCAUGCCGACGGCCAUAGCUGACCUGCUCAAGCCCGUCGCCGCCGGAGUGACCUCGUACGGGGGGAAGCUGCACGUUCCCCAGAGCUUCUAUUCCUGGCCAUUCGCCGUCGACGUCGGCGGAGAGGUGUUCGAUCCGGAGACGAACUCGUGGGAGCAGAUGCCUGCGGGCAUGGGCGAGGGCUGGCCUGCGAGGCAGGCUGGGACGAGGCUGAGCGCCGUUGUGGAAGGGGAUCUGUAUGCCCUGGAGCCGACGACCUCCUCUUCCGGCGGUUGUGAGAUCAAGAUGUACGACGCGCAGGAGGAUGCUUGGAAGGUCGCUGUGAGCCAGGUUCGUGCUGGGGCAUUUGACGAGUCGGACAGCCCUUGCUUGCUUGCUGCGUUUCUUGGAAAGCUCCAUUUGGUCGUCAAGGAUAUGGGCAGCAGGAUCAGUGUCGUGCAGAUGGACUCUCUGAUGAAGCCAGUGGAUUCGCCAGCCCUUUCGGCUGCCACGACAUGCCGAACCCCGGAUGUCUCCUCGGAGCAGACACAUGUCUGGAAAGCCAUUGCAUCGAAGAACAUUGCAGCUGCUGAACUUGUCAGCUGUCAGGUUCUCAGCAUCUGAGUUCGUAAAAUCGAGCUUCUCUGGAACUUCUUUGUGUAAGUCUGUGCAGUAGAUGUGUUUCUGCCACACAUCUGAACAUCAGAGACUAUUUCUUUCUUUCAGCAAUGCACAAUUGUUUGUGCAAUCUGCGUAAUUGUUAUCUGUGUAUAUAACAUCACAUAGAACUGAAUAAGGUUGACGCAGCUUUGUCCAAUCCCAAAGGCAACGGCGCCGACUCAAUCAAUCACCGGACCAAUCUGAACCCUGUUCAUUGUUCA